UUGGAGAUGCCGAAGAGACGGGACAUCCUCGCAAUUGUAUUGAUUGUUUUACCCUGGACCCUGCUUAUUACAGUUUGGCACCAAAACGCCAUCUCACCUCUGCUAGCCCUGAGAAAGGAUGAUGGGAGUGAGAAUGGCAACCGCCGAGAUAUUGGUCAGUCAUCAGGUUCCAAGGAGUAUUGUCCAUCAGAUAAGGAUAUUGUGGAGGUGAUCAGGACGGAGUAUGUUUAUACACGGCCUCCUCCCUGGUCAGAUAUCCUCCCCACAAUUCAUGUUAUCACUCCAACUUACAGCAGGCCUGUACAGAAGGCAGAACUCACAAGGGUUGCUAACACCCUACUUCAUGUGCCUAACCUCCACUGGAUAGUGGUGGAGGAUGCGCAGAGAAGAACAACACUGGUGACCCAACUCCUCAAGGAGACGGGCCUUAACUACACACACUUGAAUGUAGAGACACCACGCAGUUACAAGUUGAGAGGAGAUAUUCGGGACCCUCGUUUCCCACGUGGCACAAUGCAAAGAAACUUGGCACUGAGGUGGCUUCGGGAAAUGUUCAAUUUAAACAACACGCAGCAAGGGAUCAUAUAUUUCGCAGAUGAUGACAACACUUACAGUUUAGAGUUGUUUGAAGAGAUGCGCGCCACAAGGAAAGUCUCUGUCUGGCCUGUUGCCUUUGUGGGCGGACUCCGUUAUGAAUCUCCAAAAGUGAAUGCAAUGGGAAAAGUUUAUGGAUGGAAAACAGUGUUUGAUCCGCACAGACCGUUUGCCAUUGAUAUGGCAGGGUUUGCAAUAAACCUUCGAUUAAUCCUGCAGAGACCUCAAGCUUAUUUCAAGCUACGUGGAGUAAAGGGUGGCUAUCAAGAAAGUAGUCUUCUACGAGAGUUAGUGACACUAAAUGACCUGGAACCUAAAGCAGCCAAUUGCACUAAGAUACUAGUUUGGCACACACGGACUGAGAAACCUGUGCUGGUGAAUGAAGGCAAAAAAGGCUUCACAGAUCUGAACGUGGAAAUAUAA